GUGUGUGUGUGUGUGUGUGUGCUUCCUCCCUGCAGCUUCAUCCUCUUCCUCACGGCCUGCUGACCCCGUGGCUCCCGGCUGGAGGCGGACACAUUCCUCUGUCCUCCCCCAGGACCGGAGCGUGACGGAGGGACAGAGGGCGGGCCGGGCCGUGGGGGGAGCGGCCCGGUCGGCUUUAUUUAGGAGGACCGGCAGCAGGACGGGACGCUGCAGCUCCCGGGCUCAGCAGCCGGUUCUGGAGCGACAGGAGGUUCUGGAGCAGAUCACUGGAUGUUUGUGUGCUCUCAGCUGGCACUCCGGUUCUGUUGGACCCGAUUAAAACAAAGAAAGGAUGUUGGGUUGGGGAGGAUCGGAACCACCUUCUCCGCCUCGGAGCUGAGCAGAACCAGAACCGCCUGUUGGGGGGGAAUGCGGCCCUCCGGUUCCGGUUCUAGCAGCCAGCGCCGGGCCGGGGCCGCGCAGUGACAUGGGCUCCCGGGGUCCCGGGCCCAGGUGAGCGGCACCGGGCCGGGCCAUGGCCCGGCAGGACGCGGUGAGGUGUCUGCGCUGCCUGCUGUACGCCCUCAACCUGCUGCUCUGGGUGAGCCGCCUCAGCAUGAUGCUGCCACCGCCAGGAGACAGGGGGCCCGGCUGAAACCCAGCAGAACCAGCAGCCGGUUCCGACUCAGAUUAAUGUUUAAGGGGAACCGAACCGGGCCGGGCUGCAUCUGUCCCAGCGUGUCUCACAUUCUGACGGAUAUUUAUGUCAGACUCAAAACCUGAUCCCUGUUUACCUCCCUGUGUGUGUGUGUCUCUCUCUCUCUGUGUGUGUGUGUGUGUCUCUCUCUCUCUUUCUCUGUGUGUGAGCAGCUGAUGUCGGUGUGUGUGCUCGGCGUGGCAGCGUGGAUCAGAGACACCCUGAACUCCGUCCUGACCCUGACAGCCCACACCAGGUUGGAGGAAGCCGCCGUCCGCUCCUACUCUGCGGCUGUCCAUCCCGUCUUCAUCUCCGUCUGCUGCCUCCUCCUCAUCCUCAGCAUGCUGGGCUACUGCGGCGCGCUGCGCUGCCGCCUGCUGCUGCUCUGCUGGUACUUCUGCAGCCUGCUGGUGAUCUUCUGUGUGGAGCUGGCCUCUGCAGUUUGGACCUACGACGAGCCCUCAGUCCAGCGAGCCGACAUGAUAAGCCUGAAGUCCCGGAUGCCGGACUACAGCCUGCAGCGCUACCAGUGGCUCACACACACCUGGGACAGCUUCCAGACACAGUUUCAGUGCUGUGGGGUGAUCUACUUCACCGACUGGCUGGAGAUGACAGAGAUGGAGUUUCCUCCUGACUCCUGCUGCACCAAUCAGUUCCCCGGCUGUGCUGGUCGCGCCCACCAGCAUGACCUCAGUGACCUGCACCAGGAAGGCUGCGGUCCGAAGGUCUACCGCUUCAUCCGGGGAACCAAGCCGCUGCAGGUUCUGCGUUUCUUGGGGGUUUCUAUCGGCGUGGCGCAGAUCCUGGCCAUGGCGCUCACCCUCACGCUGCUCUGGGCGCUGUACUACGGCCGCCACCAUCAGCAGCCAGACUCAUACGGAACCCCUGGGCUGCCUGGAGAGUCCGGUUCAGUCGUAGCCACCAACGGAACCAGCGUUGACGACCGGGUCGGACCCGGAGACCAGAGAGCUGCUGAGGCCGGGCCGGAGGACCUGGAGGCGCCCGGCGCCGCAUGGAAAGGGUUAUACUGACUCCACCGUACAGAACCACAGAAUCUGGAGUAAUCUGGGAGCCAGGAACCAGGAUGUAGCCAGAGCUGGAGGCAGCUUGGUGCUCCUGGAGACGGUUUACUGCCAGUGGGCCAAUUGGCUCCAUUAGGCCAGUGGAGCUCCAUUGGUCUACUGGUCUACCGGUCCAGAAAACCACAGAGGAGUCAGACCUGACGAGGCUCUGUGUCAGGAUGUUUGCUGUUGCUGCUGCAACCAAUCUGCCAGGAUAAACGGACCAGAACCCAACCCAGAAACGUCUUGGCGCUGCUCAGACUGGAUGGUACUGGGACGGAAAAGUCCCCAUCAGCUCAGGAUGAGUGUCCAGAGGACCAGAAGCAACCUUUGAACCCGUCAUCUAUGAAGGUCAGGAACUGAACUGUUGCUUCACUCCCUAAUGGACACCUGGACCUGUUGGUGCUGCCGGUAGCGGAGCUGAGGCUGCUGCAGUCGAUCUUAAAGUUUCGGCCGGUCCAGUGACCCUGCUGGACUGUCCACCUGCUGGACGAUGGUUGGGUCAGAAUGAUGGAGGCCAGGAGAAGUGAUAAUAAUGGUCUUUAUUGAACAGAUAAAUAAUCACUCCUGUUUGCUCCACACAUGCAUGGCUUUAGGAAAAUAUCCUGUGGCUGAAAACUUCAUAUCAUCACAGAAUGGAAGAACAUGACACGUUCACCAGAAACUGCGAGCAGAUCUUUUACAACCAGAGUUGGACUGAAUCCAUCCAGCCAAACCAGAACCACAGGAGCAGGAUGAAGGCUGGAUCAUCAUCACUUCCUGUUCCGAAACCAGGAAGUGAUGCGGGGAAGUUCCAUCCUCAGCCUGGUCAUCAUCAGGAGGAGGCGUCCAGUUAAGAGUCGCUUAGGUUUUAAAGACCUUUAUGGAUCUCAUAAAAACAUUAAUAACAACAGAAUGACUCAUAUGAACAGAAAUAUUCCAGCCUGUUGCCUCACUGGAACGCAGCAUCCAGGCAGGAAGUGAUGAAGGAGAACUAGCUGCUAACAGCCGCCGUGCUCUAAACCAGCGGCUAACAGGCCGUUUCCACUAAAUAUUUUUAAGUGAUUUCAUUCAGUUUUAUUCUAAUAAACAACGAAGGACAAUAAUCCUCUCGGUCCUUUUCCUCCCAGACGAGUUGUGGUAGAGCAAAGCGUUCAGGAGCAUGCUGUAAAUCUGAGCGCUAGCUCAGGAGACUCAACAUGACUGUUUACAUUAACAUGCAUAGGCAGAAAGAUUAAAAAAUGAUAAAGAUAUCACAGCAAAAAGAUUUCUCUGCUAAGCACCACAAACAGCCCAUCAUGUCGUCUCACAUAGCAACCAAAUUUACCAGCAGAUAAAACCUGGGUGCAGCAGACGGCUGCUCGGUCAGCUCAUUCGCAAUCAUCUGAAGGAAACCCUGCUGGAUUCUGGCUCUAGUUCUCCUCCGGUAUCCACCCGUUAUGCUGCCUCCUGGUGGUGAGCUGGUUGAAGUUUCAGCUAUUUCUGUUUCCGGUCUUUAAAAGCGGUUCACUACUUGCUCUCUGUUCUUUGGUUAAGAACACAAACUACUGGAAGAAGUAGUUCCUGGGGCAGAGGGCUGGAGAUGUUUUCAGUGGUGAACAAGAAGAAAAUGUUUGGUUAUUUUGGGGUUCCUUAGGUUAAUGUUGGGUCAUGACCCUAAGUGGGAUAUCCCAGUAAAAUCACUGGAAACCCUGAGUGGCUCAGUAAUAUGGCCUCCAACCCAGUAGAACCAGUGGAACCAGCAGGUCUGCAGGCUCUGGUUGGUUUGUUCCUAACUGGAUUGUCUCCAGUGUUUGAGCUGAAGAUUCCCCAGACUCCUGUGGAUGCGGCCAGACCUGGAACGCAGAGUAAUUACAGCAGUGUUGGUGUUUCAGUUGAAGACGUUCCUCUCUGGGACGUCCUCCCACUGUCAGCCCCUCGGCCAGCUGGACUCUAGAGAGCAGAAACCCGGACGAUGUUGGCCUGGCAGUGGUCAGGAGAACCGGAGGUCCGGUCUCCGUCUGGAGUGGUGUUAGGUGUGGGAAUGCUGACGACAGACGGGAAAAGGUAUGGCGGCUCACAGUUCAGAGGGAGCGUCUCUUCAAACUUGGCAUUCAGACUGGAUCGACUGGGACAGGAAGACAAACAGGAGAAUGUUCUGGAGUUAACAUCUGGAGUCAAUAUUUGGUCAUUUAUAUUUUGCUUCACAAUAAAUGAUUUGUGAGUAU